CAGCAGCAGCGUCGGCGGUAGGCACCGCAUUGGCAGUGGCAGUCGGAAAAUCGCAAGCAGCAGCCACAGUCGCAGCCGCAGUCGCAAGCAGAGCAGCAAGCAGUUGCAAGGGCGCCGCCUCCGUCGAUUAACCCAUUGGUGCCCCACUGGGUGACCAGCAUGACCGUGUUGCUCGGCAAAUCCCAAGUCGCUGGAAUGGACAACUGAAUUCCCCGGUGUUUCCCACUCGGACCUAACCUCACUUUAUCUUUGUAAAAACUCGUUUAUCGCACGUGCUUGGGCAUGGACUAAGAACAACAGGAUACUAGGAUAACUCAAAGCCACUAGGACCUUCGAAUAAAAACAAAAAAAAACGCUUCCAAUUGCAGGAAAAACGACUUGAAUAACGGCAGCCCAUCGGUUGGGACUUGAUCCAAACUGGCCCAUCAAUUUUGGUUCUCCUACCCGCCACCGGGCGCUGGCGGCGGUUCCUCAAACACACACAAACACUCCGCACUCACCCAACGGUACUUCCAACGGAUUCCAAUUCCAAUCGGUUCGGUACGUGCCGUGAUCGCGUGUUCCAAACUAUCGAAAUUAUCCAAAUAAAAUCGAAAAGAAAAAAAUCGAAAUUUAAUCGACACGAAAACUACAAUAACAACAACAACAACAACAUCAUUACAACAGCUACUACAACAUCAGAAACACUUUGAGAUAGUAAAAAUUCGCAAACGGACGAGGAAAAGCAGCGCGAUCGACAGCGAAACGAACGUGAGGCGAGAAAGGAAGAGCAGGACGCCAUUAACUACAAGGUGAGUGUGUGGGUGUGUGCGUCUAUCCCCCGUCUCUUUCUCUCUCUCUCUGUCUAUGUCACUCUCUCUCUACUGUGUCACUCUGCCAACUAAGUCGCGCUCAAUUCGCGCGACAAGGAGCAACGCGAGGCCCGCCUCCUGGACUUUGAGAUCCGCCGGCAGCAGAAGCGCGACGAGCAGCAGCAGCAGCGCCAGCAGCAGCAGCAACUCCAGCAGCAUCGCGAGCACCAGCACCAGCAACAUCGCGAACAGCAACUGCAACACCAGCAGCAGCAGCAAUCCAGCGAGAAGAGCCCGCCCACCACCUCCUCGUCCACCUCCCAGCAGCAGCAGCAGCAUCAGUUGCAUCUCCAGCAGCAGCGUCAGCAGUUGCAUCUCCAACAACAGCAUCUGCAGCAGCAACAGCAGCAGCAGCAACAGUCGACGGGCAGCGGCAGCAGCAACACCCCCGUCACCCCCAAAUUGCAGACCCCGCCCCCCGAUCGCUCGCUGCCGCCCGCCUUCCGGAGUCGCUCCAUCGAACGGGAGAUCCUCUACGAACGGAAGCGAUUCUCCCAGCCGGACCCCGGAGAGAUCAAGGAACUCGAAAGCACAACAUCAUCAUCCUCCACGCAGCAGACAUUUCCCGGCAGCGCAGUUGCAGCGUGCAGAACAGCGACCGCAACAGCGACAGCGGCAGCGGCAGCAGCAGCAGCAGCGGCUGGAGGAGGAGUGGGCGGAGCCGCAGUAGCGGUUACUGGAGCGGGACAAACGACGACGACGACAUUGGCGGGGCCGCCGGCAACGGCCGCAGCUGCCACAGCUGCCAUUAUCCCGAUCUUGCCGCUCGGCGUUGCCACGCUGCGCGAUGAUUCCACCGAAUCCGAUCAGUCUGUGGCAUGU